GUUAUGGCUGUGCGGUUUGCAAGUUUAAUGUGGAUCUAAGAUGCGCAUUCAUGUCCUUUCUUGUUUGUCCUCGCACUCUGCACGACCACGAAUUGACCGCUCAGUUAUUCCCCUUAUCAUUUUUGUGUAGUUUUUGCGGUGAGAAACAUAAAGAAGUAGGUAUGUCCUAUCAGUGCAGAACCUGCUCCUUCUGGAUCCACGAGCAAUGCUACUCACUGCCUCUAAAUAUCACACAUGGCAGUCAUGAUAUGCAUCCGCUUCAGUUAUGUCAUCUACAAGGAGAGGAUUUACCCGAGUGUCUAUGCGGCGUUUGUGUGGAACUGAUAAACGUACAGUUGGGUUUCUAUGUUUGUAAGAGAUGUAAAUACUAUAUUCACAGCAAAUGCUCAACUAAGAAAUGGGAUCCUCCAGUAAUUGAAGAAGAAGAAGAUCAAAUAAAUGACAAAUUGAUCCAAUUUCCGUUGCCUUCUAGUGAGGUAGCACGGAACACGCUAAUCCAAUUUAUUAAAAAUAUAUGUCAAUGGAAGGACGACGAGGAAGAGGAAGAUAAUAUCCUAAUUCACGGCAGCCAUCAUCAUCCACUCACCCUUGACUUUGAUUUAAGCAUGAUUACAGACUUUAGUACAAGUAGAGGUGACUAUAAAGUCUGCAAUGGGUGCAUGCUUCCUCUAUUAAUGAAUGAUGCACCCUUUUAUUGUUGCAACCAGUGUGAUUUCUUUUUACACAAAUGGUGUGCUAAAUUGCCGCCUCAGUUAAAGCACCCGGAUCCGGAUCACACAGACCCAGACCCAGACCCAGACACAUACACAGACACAGACAUAGACACAGACACAAACACAAACACAAACACAGACACAGACACAGAACACACACUAAUCCUACAUGAAAAGCUGGAUGAAUACUUUGGCUUCUUUACAUGCAAAGGUUGUCAGCAGAUCGGGAAUGGGUUUGCCUACAAAUGCAAUAAAUGCAGAGGAUACUACUUGGACGUUAAAUGCGCUGCACUUCCUAGUCGAGUCAAUUACGGGACUCACAAACACCCUUUUCGUCUCAAGUAUGGGAGAACCAUCGGAGGUUGCUUCUCAUGCAGUAAAACCAAUUUCUUUGUUGAGGUAAAUAAUUGGACGUUUUUCAACUCCCUGAGAUCUACUAUCUCAACAUGUUAUACCUCCUUCACAUUUGGUUGUGAUAGAUGUCAUUUUAGCAUUCAUCCCAAAUGUUUGAUAUUGCCAAAAAAAAUUGCUCAUUGGUACGACGAACAUGCAUUAAAAUUGACAGAUCCAGAUCUUUUCAUUAGUAAUGAUAAUCAAGGUGCAUCAGAAUAUCAUUGUGAAUCUUGUGAGAAAAAAAUAGAUCCAGAAAGAUGGAUGUACAACUGUUUUGAAUGUGACCAAUGGGUUCAUGCUAAUUGUGUGCGAAAGAUGUUAGGUCUAUUUUCAAAGCCUAUCAAGUUUGGCGGACUCUAUGAUUCUCAGCUUCAUAAAGAACAUCCCCUAACUUGCAUUUUGCCUGGCGAGGAAUUUCAUUGUUGCAAUGAACAAGGACUUGACAUUUGUCGGACAUUUGGAAUAGGCUUUGAAUGUACAGAAUGCCAAAUUAGGUUUUGUCUAACAUGUUUUAUUUCACAUGUUUCGUUAUGGAGCCUACACUUACAACCAGUUCCGACACAGCCGGGAUUCUUACCUCUCUUCAACAACAACUGACUAAUCCUCAACCACCUUCAACUCAGUUCCUCCAGUCUCCCGGUUUAAUGAUGAUGUACCCAUUUAACAACAAUGGAUCCUUUACAUCACACCAUAUGCCAAUGGGGAUCAUAAGACCAAGUCCACCUUCACCACAGCAGCCGCAAACUAACAAUUCUUCUGGUGGUGGGUAUUAUCAUCCUUCUUCGGGUAUGACUGCACUAUAUCGGCAAAGUCAACCGCCAUCUACACCACAGGUAAACAGACAGUGAGUGACAUCUCUGAUGAAUUCGGAUCGAAUAGAAUAUAGAUCUGGAGAAAUUAAACUUUUCGGAUUUGUAAAUUAAUAGGCAUAUCAUUACCUGUUAUAUUCUCCGUUUAUGCUCUCUUCUUUUCUUUAACUGGAAAUGAAACUUGAAACCCCAUCUCAUCGGGGAUGUGUUUUACUACUGUAAAAUGAUUCCGUAGCCAGCUUGAGCUUAUUAUUAUUAGGACUACAACUGCAAUGUAAAACAAUACUAGAAUCAUAAGUUUUGGCUGAGCUUUUUAGGAUUUUUUUGAUUUUGUUUUGUUUGUUUCUUGGUUGAUGACAGUUAGUUAGUUAGUUUGCUUGCUAUAUUGGGCAGUGAUGGAAGGAUUGAAAUAGAGAUAUUUAGGAUUUGUACGGUUAGGAGUUAUUUG